CCACAGUCGGUGUGAGUUUCUGGUUUCGUGGAGCUGGGAAGAGUGCGUGGAGUUCAGCAUGGUCUAAUUUCUACAAACAACGUCAAAAAUUAGGAGGACUGUUGGCGUUUUUAUCUCAGGAAUUUACCUCUGAACCUAACAAGUAACAUGGAGAAGGAUUUACAAUCAACACAGACAGCAGUCAACAGCCAAGGGUCAUGCCCUGUCCUGGAUGGGCCCUAUCCUCCCUCCCCCAGACAGAUUCCACCAUCCCAGAGCUCCAAUACCCCCUCUGCUGCCUCCUCUUUGCACUCAAAAUCUCCAAGCUCCACAGAAACAACCACAGAACCCCCCAAAACAACUUUUCUCUCCUGUACUUCUGCACAAAUAAACUCUAAACUGGUAGACUCCCCUCCUUCCUCAGAGAGCCCAAAGCCUCCAGUUGCUGCUGCUGUGUCCUCUAAAACUCUCUCUAAAACUGCUUCUCCUACUACAAGCAAAGCAGGACAUACUUCUCCCAACUCUGCUUCCCCUCAAAUCCCUAAAGUUUCAUCCUUUUCAAAGCUCAAAUCUGCAUCGAUUUCACCAGCUACUUCAGACAAUAACCCAACAGGUCCUCCUUCUACGUCUCCCAGUAUUGCUCUCAGUGCAGCUCCUGCAACGCCUCCAACUGCCCCUCAAAAACGUACCUUUGCCUCUGUUGCUAGGCGGGUGAUUAUACAGGAAAGACUUAGGAAAGCUGAAGAGGAGGCCAAUGAUGAAGAGGAAGAUGAAGAACCAGAGGAAGAUUUGUCUGUGGAGCAGAUAGAAGAGAAAGCCAAAGCAGGCGAUGCCAGAGCUCAGACCCGUCUUGGUCAGCACUACUUGCUUGUUGCAGAAGAGAAGGACACGGAGCAGAAUAAUCAACUGGCUGUUAAUUGGCUGAUUAAAGCAGCUAAACAGGGGAGAAAAGGUGCAGCAAGAGCACUGCAACGCUGUUGGAUCCAGAAGAAAGGAAUCACUCCAGAGAAUGAGGCUGAAGUUCGUAAGUUGGCUUCAGAGAGUAAGUUUGAGCUGGCUGUACGUAAAGCAGCAAUGAUGAUGUACUGGAAACUCAACCCAGAGAGGAAGUCAAAGGUGGCGGUUGCGGAGAUGCUGGAAAAUGUCGGCCAAGUCAGUGCAGUGCCAGGUGGCACAGCAAGCAGGAUUCCUGUCCCAACUUCAGGCCGGACACAGAAAGUACUGGAGAGCAUGGUCAGCAAUGAGUCCACACAGUUAGUGGACCUGGAUGACUUUGUUGAGAUGACUAAAAAGUAUGCACAAGGUAUCGUCCCGUCCGCACCUGAAUCAGGCACCCAGGUCACUGGCAAGACUGAAGUUCCAAAACCCGAGGGCAGCGGUGAAGUGCAGAAGGCUGAGCUAGUCCCAUCAGGGUGCAAGAAGGCCCACAGAAAAUCUUGGGGAUUUGGCGGAAGUGGGAUGAUGCUGCACUCUGAGCCGAAUGGGGCCAUAAGAAAGGCCAUGGACAUGAAAUCACGCCUAAUGAUGCUGCAGUACCCACUGCAUGCCAUUGUUGAGAUGAAAGAGCACCUGGUGGACUGGGCAUCGCGAGCAGGUGUCCAGUGGCUGAGCACAGUCAUCCCCACUCAGCACGUCAACGCACUGAUCUUCUUCUUCAUCAUCAGCAACCUGACUAUUGAUUUGUUCGCUUUUGUCAUCCCUUUACUUGUCUUCUACCUCUCCUUCAUCUCCAUGAUCAUCUGCACACUGAGGGUUUUCCAGAGCAGCAAGACUUGGGAGAACUUCAGCGCCCUGACAUCUCUGCUGACACGUUUUGAACCCGGCCUGGAUGUGGAGCAGGCAGAGACUAACUUUGGCUGGAACAACCUAGAGCCAUACCUCCAUUUUAUCCUUUCUGUUUUUUUCAUCAUUUUCUCCUUCCCCGUAGCUGACAAGGGCUGGAUCCCCUGUUCAGAGCUCUCCACCGUGGCCAUCUUCUUUACUGCUGUCAGCUACCAAAGCCUCAGUCCCACUGCUGCAACCUAUGCACGCAAAGCAAUGGUUAUAGAGGUAGCUUCAUCCCUGUGUUGCCUGACCCAGUUCCUGCCAGAGGACAUGAAAAUGCUUCGUCUCCUUGGCCACACCUUUGCUACACUGCCACUAGGGGAAUCAGUGGUGCUUAAGCUGAGUCUCCCCUGCCUGCUGUAUGUUUAUCUCUUCUACCUGUUCUUCAGCAUGGCCAGGAUGCGUGGUUUCAGAGGAACUUAUUGCUUCCUGGUCCCGUACCUUGUGUGCUUUAUGUGGUGUGAGUUCUCAGUGGUUCUCCUUCAGAAUUCCUCUGCCGUGGGUCUAAUCCGCACCUGUGUGGCCUACUUUCUCUUCCUGUUCGCUCUGCCUGUUCUGGCCUUCGGCCUUGCAGCCAUGCUCUUCAUCCAGCUCUUCAAAUGGUUCCUUGAGCUGGAGCUGACAAAGAUGAUUGUAACCUUGGUGAUUUGUGCAAUUCCUGUGACUCUGCGUCUGUGGACAAGGUUCAGCAUGUCCAUUCUGGAUGUUUUCCGCUCGCUGACCCACCGUGGCCCUGUAAAACUCAUUCUACUUGGUAUCUCCAUGGUGAUCGUGUUGUUUGCUAUCUAUGUGUACCAUGCAGAAGGACAGAAGGUGUACAAUUCAACGCUGACUUGGGGUCAGUACAGCCAGGCGUGCGGGCCUCCCGCUUGGGAAACUAAAGGCAUGGCCCAGACACAGCUGUUCUGUAGCCACCUGCAAGGACACAGAGUGACCUGGACUGGCCGUUUUAGGCAUGUCCGUGUAGCUGAGACAGAGAAUGGGGCACAGUCUGUCAUCAACAUGUUGCCAGUGUUCAUGGGAGACUGGCUGCGCUGCUUGUAUGGAGAAAGGUAUCCAAAAUGUGAUCCAAAGAAUGUUACAGUUGCUAACAUUACUGCUGCCAAUUUGGCAUCCAGUUCUUCAGCUACUGUUUCACUGCCCUUACUGCUCCGAAUUCAAGAAGAAGAGGAGUUGUGCCAGCUCAAAGCUCUGGCAAAACACGCUUGUCAUAUCAAGCGUUUUGAUAGCCACCGCUUCGAGGUGACCAUAGGAAUGAUCCAAGAUGGAAGCAUAGACGACCCAGCCAGGGAUAUUGUACUUAUGGCUAGCCAUGAGUUCAGGCAAGUUCUGCUAAACCUAAGUCCUGGUCACUUGGUGGAGUUCAGCACCAAGCUGGAGGGCCGAUUAGGAGCCAGAGCUCCAGCCUUUGAGUUGAAGGCAAUCCAUUGCCUGGAUUGUGUGUCUUCACUGCUGACUGGAGGCAGGCAGGUAAAGAUUGAGAGAGACUGGAGACGCACCACAAUGAGAGCCCUGAAGUUUGCGUUUGACUUUUUCUUUUCCCCUUUCCUGUCAGCAAGAAUCCCUGCCUGAGAAGGAAGACAGUAGAGCUAAAAUCAUAACACACUCAAAUGUCUUCUGGAGGCCUUACUGCUGUGAUGUGGUUGUGUUUAUUAUGUAACUGAUAGUAUUGUUUACAUUUUGAUUCAAAGCAGAUGUUGUAACUGCAUGAGUUUACAUUUUUUAUUACUACAGUUCAAGGCAGUUCAAGAAUGGUCAGGCACAUACUUUGUCUUAAAAAUCAUAGUCACAGCUAAUUUCAUUUUCAAAAUUCCAAGCCUGGAAUUCUUAUUUUUGAAUUUUAUUUUAAACAAACAGGGAAAAAUAAUGUUGUGACAUGCUCUAAUAAGGAAAGCUGUAUGUGUAGCUGACCAAUCAAGAAUGCCAGCAGAUACUGUACUCUUUUUAAAAGUAUUAUCUGAGUGAUAUUUCAAAGCUCAGUGUUGCUGCUACUUUUGUAUGAAGUAACUUCUUGUGUGUAGGAAAUAUUUUUGCAUGUACAGUUGGUGUGAGGCUUUGCGUGUGCACUUUUUUCUUUUAUCAUGAUCACUUUUUCUUAGGGCUGUCAGGAUUAAAGUUCUAAAUCACAAGGAGAUCAAGCACUAAACUUAAAGCACUCAUUUUAGGCACACUAAUGUUAAGCAAUUAUAGUGAAGCACAAGCUGGAUACCGCUCAUCUUAGCAUCUUUGUACUCUCACAGUCAAAGAAAAGAUGUCAUUUCUGCUCUGUUGAAUAUGUAAUUUAGCACAAAAAACACUCCCAGGCAGCUCAGGGAAAGAGUCAAAAGUAAUGUGCACCUUGUGGUAUCAAAUUUGUCAAUUUUUACUGUUCCCUUUGGUAAUUUUUGCGUACUUUCCAUAGCAACUCCUUUUAUUGUCUGUAGUUUACAACAGUUGUUAAUUUUGAUCUGCUGGCAUUUCUAUACAGUGCAGUAAUGGCAAUAUUGAAAACGCAAAGACUUUUUCUACUGCUAUCAUCCUUAAUGUGUGUUUCUGUGUCAGACUCCUACAAAGUGAUUUGCAUUCUGCCAACUUUAGAGGCCACUGUUUGCUUUCUCUGUGGUAAGGUUUCACCCUGAGCUGUUCUGCUGACAGGUAAAAGUAUGCUGUGGUCCUCUGUUACAGAGUAGACCUACUCCACAGUGGUGAGAUGUAUCAAUGUGUUAAUUGAAGAAACAAAAUUAAAGUUCCUCACUGUGUUUGAUUAUAUAAAGUUCCUUGUGAUUAUACUUUUCUGUGCCUUGUUAAAUUUAAGGGAAACUGAGUUAUGUUUUUUCAUGUUUGCAGACAAGCUGUUGGUUGAGGUAUGCAAAAAAAAAAAAAAAAAAUCAAAGUAUGCAGCUUAGUUAUCAGUUCCAUUUUUGGUGUAAUGGUGUACACACACCAGGGGUGCCACUGCUAAUGACUGGUUAUACUAUUUAUGAUGAUAGCCAAAAUGCAGUUGUGGUACUGUGGACUGUUGAAAAUUAAAGCACUGAGAAGUA